AUGCGCGCACUCGUUCCCCUCCUCAUAUCGCUGGCAUUUGGAGGCCACGCGGCGGCGCUUCAUAUUCCAACAGCGCAGGAUGCACUUUCGGCCGCGUCCCAUCUGCUCGAUGAGCUCAACGACCUGGCCUCAGGGGCAACGGGCAUCACACCGCAGAACGUCCUCACGCCGGCGAGUGACAUUGGCAUGCAUGCCCUCAGCACCGACGAGUUUACUGUCCUCACUUCCCCCUUGCACCCCAACCACAAGGUCCGGAUCAAGAGUACAAAAGGGUGGUGUGACCCCGGUGUCAAAUCCUACUCUGGAUACAUCGACACAGGAGGUGGCAAGGAGCUGUUCUUCUACUUCUUUGAAAGUCGCAAUGACCCUGCCAAGGACCCCGUCGUGAUGUGGAUUAACGGCGGUCCUGGCUGCGCGUCCGAGAUGGGCCUCUUCAUGGAGCUGGGUCCUUGUACCAUCCGUGACGGCCCCAAGAAUGCGACCGAUACAGAGAUCAACCCCCACUCGUGGACCAACAAGGCCAACAUGUUCUUCCUUGAUGAGCCAGUCGACGUCGGCUUCUCGCAGUCCAAGCAUGGGCAACUUGUGGACACUACGGAGAAGGCCGCCGAGGACGUCGCCGCGUUCAUUUCGAUCUUCUUUGAUACAUUCAAGGAAUUCAGCGGCCGCGCGUUCCACAUGUCGGGCGAGUCGUACGGUGGACGCUAUCUUCCCGUCUUUGCCAGCGCUGUGUAUGACAACAAUGCGGCGCUCAUUGCGGCUGGCAAGGAGCCCAUCAACCUCCAGAGUGUUCUGAUUGGAAACGGCAUAACCGACUUCUACUCCACCACCGAGUCGUUCUUCCCCUUCCAGUGUACCAACCAUCACGACCUGAACCGGACGGUACUUCCGAUCGGCGCCUGCGUCGAGCUCGCCGAGGUCGUGCCCAAGUGCCACAAGAUGUUCAAGCAGGGAUGCAUCGAAUCCAAGGACUACACCGAGUGUGCCAUCGCCGUCAACUUUUGCUCCACCAUCCUCCGCGGCAGCGUCUCGCGAGCCGAGCUCAACCCGUACGACGUUAGCAAAAAGUGCACGCAGGAGCAACUGAGCAAGUUCCUGUGCUAUGAGGAUACUGCCAAGGUCAAGACCUACCUCGACUUGCCAGACGUGCGCAAGGUUCUGGGAGUCGACAAGGACAAGGGAAGCUACGAAACGUGCUCUUGGAGAGUGAACGGAGCGUUUGCGGCCCAACUGGACAACGCAAACCCCACGUGGCUGUACGUCUCACAGCUCCUCGAGCGUCGCAUUCGCGUUCUCAACUAUGUCGGUACUCUCGACUUUGUUUGCAACUACAUGGGCAACGAGAAGUGGAUGGAGGCGCUCUCGUGGUCGGGCAAACAAGGUUACAACGAUGCCAAGAAGCGCGACUGGCACGGUCCCGACGGCAAAGUGGCGGGCUGGACCAAGAGCCAUGGUGAUUUGAGCAUGCUCACCAUCUACAAUGCCGGUCACAUGGUGCCCAUGGACCAGCCGGAGAAUGCAGCCACGUUCUUUGAGAAGUGGCUGGAGGGAGGCACCCCGGAGUAG